UCCGGCCCGGCCAUGGCGGGAGAGGGCGAGGAGGCUCUGGCGGCCUUCGUGGCCCUGCACGGGGCCGCGCUCCGCGCAUCGCGGGUCCCCACGCAAUACUGGGAGAGCCUGAGCCGCAAACUGCGCGGAGAGAUAUUUGAUGCUGGUAACUACUUUGGAAUAAUGCAAGUAGAAGAGGUGGAUGAGGAGGAAGAAGUUGAUGAAGAAAUGGAAGAACAAUUGAAAAAGAAACCAAAUCCUGGAAAUGGACCUUGUUUCAAAGUUAUUGUAACAAAUGAGAAUGGACUUCAAGCCUCCAAUCCUGAUAGCGUGUUCCUCAUCGACCACGCCUGGACCUACCGCGCAGAGCACGCACGGCACCAGCUGCGCCACGUGCCCGGCCUGCUGCACAGGAUGGCCAACCUCAUGGGCAUCCCCUUCCACGGAGAGGUCCCGGACGAGGGCAGCAUCGAGCAGGUGCUGCAGGAAAUGUGGAAGUACAGCCAGACCUACCAGCUCUCUCAAGGUACUGCAGAGGAGAAGGUUCCUGUCUGGUACAUCAUGGAUGAAUUUGGAUCACGCAUUCAGCAUUCAGACCAGCCGAGUUUUGCAGCAGCACCUCUGUUUUAUAUGCCUCAGCAAAUUGCUUACACGGUUCUCUGGCCUUUGAGAGACCUUGAAACUGGUGAUGAAGUCACUCGUGAUUAUGCUUAUGGGGAGACGGAUCGCCUGAUCAGGAAGUGUGUUUUGUUACCCUGGGUGCCUGCUGAAGUGUUGGAUGUCAGCUGUUCUACUCCAGAGCCACCAGAUGAGUAUUACCAGGCAAUUUUAGCAGAAAACAAGGAAAAACUUCCUGUAGCGAUAAAUCCACCCGUUUAUGCCAAAGACAAAGUUUUCAAGGUUUUCACAGACAUUCAGCAAGUCCUCAACAACCUGGCACAUCCCCGUUUUGUAUUCACAGACAAUGAGGGAGAAGCAGACAUCCUCUACAACUUCUCACACUUCAAAGAUUAUAGGAAGCUAAGUGAGGAGAGGCCUGAGGUAAUGGUGAAUCAGUUCCCAUGUGAGAACCUCCUGACUGUCAAAGACUGCUUGGCAUCCAUUGCUAGACGAACUGGAGGACCAGAUGGGCCCAGGUGGUUGCCUCGGACUUUCAACCUCCAGACAGAAUUGCCUCAGUUCAUCAGCUGCUUUCAGCAACGUGACAGAAGAGGAGAAGAUAAUCACUGGAUAUGCAAACCAUGGAACCUGGCCAGAAGUCUGGAUACCCACAUCACCAACCACCUGAACAGUAUCAUCAGGCACAGGGAAAGCAGCCCAAAGGUGGUGUGCAAAUACAUCGAGGAGCCAGUGCUGUUUGAGCGCGAGGACGUGGGGCUGGUGAAGUUCGAUGUGCGCUACAUGGUGCUGCUGCGCUCCGUGCAGCCUCUGCGGCUCUACAGCUACAAUGUGUUCUGGCUGCGCUUUUCCAACAGGGCAUUUUCACUUGAUGACUUGGAUGACUAUGAGAAGCACUUCACUGUCAUGAAUUAUGCUCCUGGUGUGACAUUGAAACAGGUGCACUGUGAAGACUUUAUUCCUCUGUUUGAAAAACAAUAUCCUGAGUAUCCUUGGACAACAGUACAAGCAAGUAUUUUUAAGACAUUUGCUGAAUUGUUCCAAGUUGCUACAUCUAAGCCUGCCCCUCUUGGCAUCUGCAAUUAUCCAUCUUCAAGAGCAAUAUAUGCCAUUGACUUGAUGCUUAAAUGGGACACCAGCAGAGAUGGCUUGGAGCAGUGUUCAGUGCACUGUGACUUAUUACGGCAAGGAAGGGACCACAUUCACUAUUUCAGUGCUGUUGAAGUCCUCAGGGCUGACAUUCAGCUGUUACCAAGUCUCUGCAAGAACAUGGAAAAGAAUUAUGCAGCCUCAGAUCUUGGAGCUGAACUUUAACCCUGACUGUGACAGAGCCUGCAAAUACCACCCUACCUUUUUUAAUGAUGUCUUCAGCACCCUAUUUCUGGAUGACACCGACAACUGCCAUGUGACACGCAUCGUGUAACUACAGGAGAUUUGACUCCAUCAAUUUCCUUGUCAGAUAUGCUUAAUAGCAGGAUUUAUAUUUCAGUUUUAUGAGCUGCUGAUGCACCUGUUUUCCUGUACUGAUCACCAGGGGAAAAAAUUGUAUCAGAAGAAUAUGCCUAUAAUGUAUUGAUAAUCCCUUUGUCUGCAUUGUCCUUGUCUUGCUUUUGUUCUUUCUGUAAAACCUUGUUGUAUGUUGACAAAGUGUCUUGUUUAUUGAAUAUUGGAGACCUCAAAGUAGGACUUGUUUUUCAGGUAGCCUGAUUGCUUGCUUGCUGGGAAACGUUGCACAAGUUCCUUGUGUCAACAUUAAAACUAUAAUUUACUGAA